GCGGGAUUGUUGCGGGCGUGUGAGGCGAACCGUCAUGGGGUUGCCGCCGUCCGCCUCACUUUGCCUAUCUCCUGCAGGCUCACCACCCCCAACCUGUAAGGUGGAACACACCCAGAUGGAUGGGUUCCCACCCUGGUGAGAACCGACAUUGCAAAGGCCGUAUGUGGCGUCUGUCCUUGCAUGCAGGCAUUGUAGAGGCAGGUUCUGACGACUGAGAAGCCGAAGCGGUGAGGAUACCGAUCAGAGCUGUGCCGAAAAGGCAAGACAAAGUGCUCCUUUUGUCUUGCUUGGUGCAAUAACAUGCCUUGGGAACUCGUAAUAUCGACUCCGUUGCAGCGUAAGAGGAUUGGCACCCCGAAUCAUCGCAUUGUUGGCGAAGAUAAAUACCUUGUUCUUCCUCCUGGUCGCCAGUAUCUCACGACGACUUGCGCCAUCUUGCUCAUCCAAUGUGCUCGGGCAGACAGCUCAUAUUUUCCAUGCCCAAGCAUCUGCCAUGCCUUCGUCAACAGAGAUGAACAGAUACUGGAUUCCCCGGUUGGAUAUUCACAAGAAGAUUAUCACUCAAGAGCUUCCCUACUAUCUCGGGCCAGAUGCAACGGUCAGGCCGUACACAAAUGAGGGAGAAGAUGGAUUCCUCAUCACCACUCCAGGCCCUUGCUUGACAGAUGAGCAGAUCGACGAUAUCUGUAGGAAGUCCAAAGAAAUAUGGGAGCGUCAGGCGGCCAUUAGAGCCCAAGAAGCAGACAAACCCCUCAAAAGACCGUUGCAUCAGCCGGUGGUGAUAUCCCGAGGGUCAAACGACUCGUCAAGAAGGAGACAUGACGCACACCGAAGCCACGAGCGACAUCGACGUUACGACGACCGGCGGCGGGAGUGAAGUCGGGUGGAUCGGUGGAGUCGACUGUGUUGAAUGAGAUCUCGCAUUGGGCCAAGUCUUUUUGGAUCUAGGCAUUUGAAUUUCCAGGCGUUGCAGGCGGUCGGGUUAGCCCUUUCAUGCAUACGGAAGGAAUUUGUGGGAUUCGAUGAUUCGAGACAUGCGCAAAAGGUCGCGUCUCUUGUGAGGGGGGUCGAGUUGUGUGGCCUGGUGGCCGCAGCAAACGGUGGACCCGACCGAACACUCGUUCUUUUGACUGGAUGGGCGUCAGGCGAAACGAAGCAGUAUUAUAACCAGAUUUUUGUUUGAUUGGGACGAGAAGAGUAUGUGUCCCGAAACCACCCAGCAGCAGUCUGCCAUCUGGCAUUUUUGG